UGCAGUAAAACAACACAAUAUGUCAUAUUCAUAAAUUUGACAAACGGUUAUCACAAACCGAAUUAUAAUGUGAACAAUGUGGUUAACCGUUAAACAUACCGAAUAGAAAUUGGUUUACUAUUUAAUACAGAUGUAUGCAAGAAAGGUAAGAAUAAAUAUAGCCUAAUACUAUGUAUUCAUCCCGUUAAUACAGUGUAAGCCGUCAUCUUUUAUUUUAGGAAAACAUAUAUAUAGUAUUAACUAUAUCAAAUACUUCAACUGAACGAUAAUCUUUAUAUAUGGCAAUGAUAUUAGGGUGAUUCCUAAAUAUUUCAUACCUUUACAAUGCUUUGAAGUCAAGAACGAAUGUAUGACUAGGAUUAAUUUGUAAUGCUUUAUGAAAAUAUUAAUUGUUUGAAUGAUUGACAAGCUAAAUAUAUGCCAAUAAGUGGCAAAUCUUAGGCAUAUAUUUUCGGAGUAUGUUCUUCAACCUAUAUAAGCCAAGGUUAGAACCCAAAAAUUGUGGGAGAACCUAAUUCACUUGAUAGACUGUCGGAAGAGAUGAUGGUUGAUGUCGAUGAAGAAGCAACAACAAGGAAACAAAAAUUGUUAAUAGAAGAAUCGUCUGGGUAAGAUUUGGUUAGAAGAUUCUGGGAACGUCAAACAUGUUGAAUUUUUACGUUGUAAACCCUAAUCCAUUUUUCUUAAUUAGAUAGAAAAGAUGAGUAGUUUUAUUUUGUUUUGCUUGCUGAUAGAUUAGAACUAAGAAAUUGGAUAUUUUUUUCGUUCUCAAUUGUUUAGGACAAUAACAUGUCGUUAACGAUAAACCCAUCAACAAUUAUUAGGCCUAUAAAGAUUAAACAACAAAUCUGGUCCAUGUCAAAUAAAUCAUGUCCAAAUAUUCUUUCCGUCUCAGUAAGGCCAUGUAAAUUGAAUAAUCCAACAUAUUGUGAAUAUUUAAAAACUAUUACGUUUGAGAUUUUACAUUACAUAUUGGUUCAAUUUUUCAAUAUUACAAGAUGUAUUCAUAUGGUUUUACGUUACACAACUCUAAAAAUAUUUGAAUAUUACUAACUAAUAAGCAAUCCAAUUUAUACACAUUAUAUUCAAAAUUUUACAAUUUAUUAUUGAUACCAUAUCCUCACCCUGCGAUACGCGAAAUGUGUUGAUAGUCGAUUUUUGAUUAUAAGUUUCAAUGUUUUUGUUUGGAAUGGAAGCAUUGUAUUUUCCAAAAUGUUUGGAAAAUUGGUGAAUAUCGAGUUUAUGCAAUUGUUUAAAAACAAAAAGAGUAGCUAAGUAAUCAUACAUAAUGUAAGAAAGAGACCAAGUCUUUUGAAGAUCAGAAGCUGCGUUGUGGACCAUAAAAAACUAUAGCCUGAAAUUGGUUAAGAAUAAGUUAACUAACUUAAAUUUAAGUAAAUACCAAGCUAUGGUUACUUAUAUAAAAAGAUUCAUACAUAGCAUAGCUGGGUAAAAACCCUGUGUAAGUCCUUCUUUAUUUGAUUGUACCCUUGUCUGGUCGAUAUGUUGGGCAUUGUAAAUCUAUGAAUAUAAUAUUUUAUCAGAAGACUUUGAAAAAUGGUGGAAGUGAAAACUACUAAUUUUAAUUUAAAAAUACCUUUGUGGGGAGGAAGGCCUUUGAAUAUUUCUUUGUAGACUAUGUUUUUCACUUUCAGCUGAUGGGAAUCUUCGCUUUUGAUGUUCGUUAAUCCUGCUCUACUUGUGACACGUGAUAGGGCCAAUUAAGUUGACCAUGAGCGAAGACCGGUUUAGGCAGAUAUAAGAUGACCUCUUUUAAACUUUGGCAUUGGCUUUUGUUGAUUGUCAUUGCAUAACACAAUCUGAUAGGGAAUUACGGCCGACGUAAUGUGAACGGUAGCUUUGUUUCAUCAUACAAAAGAACAAUCCUUGGGAUCAAUACUUCCUCUCCAAUGUGUGAGCCAAUGAUAAUUUCGGCCUUGAGCACGCAGUCGCCAAUGUGGGUUAGGAUCAUACGGGUACCAUUGCAUAAUCUUUUUUAUUUAUGUUUCGCAGAAGCAUAACUGGAGCACCAACUUUCAGAGUUAUUUUGUGCGAAGGCAACCCUGAGAAUUCCAAUGAAUUGAGAUACUCAACGGGUAUAAUGUAUCAUUUUGAUCUGAUUUAGUGUACGAUAUCUCAAAGCUGUCUGAGCUGAAGUAAUCUCUUGACACCCCGUCGGUCUGUGAGAAGGUAUAAGCAUUGAUUUCAUCGACGGUUUCAUUACGGGGUGUGAGUAUAACUUUAUCAAUGUAGAAGGUCUGGGAAUUUAUUAGUUUGUUGACUUCUCCAUAUACGGCAUCAACAACUUUUUUUAAUGGGUUAACAUAACUCUGAUGAAUCAAUGAUUUAUGGACAGUUAUCAUUUGUUUAUGGUAGUCUUCACACUCAUAUCGCUAUUCUAAUUGUGGAUGACCUUCCCCAACCUGAAGGAGCCAAUCGGAGAACUCGUUUUGACUCUCAUAUUUGUUUUUAAAGAGAAUUUGUGGCAGUUAUCUCAUAGGUAUGAGUGAUUUAUUGAAGGUAAGACAGUAUUAGCUCUGUUACCUUGUGGAAUCACAUGUAGCAUCUGUCCAAAAUUAGAUAAGUCUUGAGAGUGCAUGUAAAUAAUCCAACAAAAGAAGAUAAAAUCCUAUUCUGAUACCGUAUAUACGACCGCCUUUUUAAUACCGAAGUAAACUAGGAAACAAGUAAUUAGGCUAUAUAUAUAAACAGUUGUUAGAAAAAAAGGCUAUAUAUAUAAACAACUUAGUUAGAUCGACUCUCACAAAUCAUAACAUUAAUCUACAACAAGCUUAACUUUUCGAACAUCAACAACAAGAAAACCUUAAAGCCCUGAUCAACUUUCUUUUCGACAAUGGCGAAUACUUGUAGAAUCAGCUUUGUCUGCAUCAUGGUCCUCUUGCUCUUCACUAGUCACUUAGCUCUUUCUUCUUCUGCACGGCUCCGAUUUAUAGAAGCUCAAGAUCUUGUUCACGGGAAGCAAAACAAUCUCUUGAAGCUUGAUGAGAUUGAGAAAGCUGAUAGGACACGUCUUGAUUACUUGUUUGGCGUGAUUGAUAAGGCCGAGACCAAUCGCGCUGAGGAGGUUGAUUGUCGCUCGCCUCUGUGUUGCUCCAAGCCUCUAUAUGUUCAAAGGUCUUAUAAAGCACGUGCUCAUAAUCUAUGAUGAGUUUGCUUGUACGAGGAAUAUGAAAGAGAACAAUACAUCUUCAUUGGUGGAGAUGAAGUAAGUGAAUCAAUAAUAGCAGAGGAAUUUGGAAGUUUAUUAUCUUUCUGUUUAGUUUUUUUUUUUUUCGUUUCUUGUUCAAUAAGUCAGGGUUUAGGGUUUCACACAUUGGAUAGAGUUUCAUUGAAAUUUGAUGAAUAAUAUGAGAAUUACUUGCCAUCUGUGUUACGUGUCAUGCACUUAAACAAUUAUAUUUGUUAUUUUUAUGAAAAGAUUGUAUCUUGAUUGAGGGCAGCGAAAUUUAUCCUAGAAUAUCCAAUGAAACAUAUUAAGGAUAUAAUAACAUAUAUUCAUGGUAUACUUGAUGCAAUUUAUUCCAUAAUCCUUCUGAUUUGUUUGAGACCUUUUAAAACAAGAGACCUGUUGAAAGUUUGAUAUCAAAACUUAGAACCAGAGAGGCAGUCUACUGACCUUCAAGGUAGACGAGUUAGGUGCAUGCCGAAGCAUUUUAACUGCAAGUGCCACUUGGCAUUCCAUGUUUUAUACUUAAAAUGUAAAUGCAGCUGCAGCACCUCCAUAAUCUCUCACAAUCCCCGAGGCCAAGAUUGACUUUGAACCUUAUUCCCAAUCUUGAUGAUAAUCUAGAAGAUGAUGAGAUUGGCUUACAUGGCCUGCCUAUGUGGGCUCAAAGAGUAACGUUUACAUUUACGUAUGAGGUACUAGUCGUGUAUCUACUCAACAUUUUUAUAUCAUAAGCUAUAAUUGGCACAAUGCUCAUCAUGGUAUGCAUUUAACAAUUUUCUUUUGUAAAUAUCCGAGUUGUGUUAUUGCUUGUCAUGCAUAAGACAAGCUUCACACUCACAUCCAUGGAAGUGCUUAUUGGAGAAUAAUCUCACAAUUGAACUUUUUAAGAACUUUCUCAGAGUAAUAAAAUUGUAUCAAAUAUAGUUUUUACUUGCAUGUAUGAUUCAAGUUUAUUCCACGCCAGCUCAACAUCUUGCGUCCACAUGGUCUCUCCAUUCCGCAUGCCUACUGGUUCACUUUGUGACACACACUGCCUCAACAACUACUUCAACGACUACGUCAAGACAUAAACCUUCAGUUUAUCUUUCUCCAUCUCAACAUGUCUUGCAUCCACAUUGUAACCCACCACUCUGCAUGCCUUAUGUAGUAACGACUAAUGCAUCCAGCAUCAGUAAUUUCGUCGCCUAAUUAAUCACGGAAGACUAUUGACAUCUACAAGUUCUACUUGCAUCUUCAACUAGAAUAUAAAAUAAAAUAUAAUUUCACUAUUUGAAAAAAAAAAUAAACAUAUAAAUAGUUAUACUAAUGUUUCCAAUUGUUUUCACAUUUUUUUAUAUAUAUUUUUAAAACUUCGUUUACUAUUUUUCCAUUAUAGGAGGGUAAAACAUGUUCAAAAUAUCCAAAAAUAUCAAAAGUCCUAAUAUGUUUAUUUUUCCAAUUCUCCGUUGAUUGUAAUCAUUUUAUUUUGUUCACCAUGGUGCACACGGGUACUCAUAAAAAAGAUGCGGCCCGGUACAAACAGUCUUUGUUUUUUUUGUCGACAUAUUGCAUGAGUAAUUACAGUAAACGAGAAAUGUAAUGAGUCGGUUAGCUUGGUUUACUAUUGGUUUAGAGUUAUACACGGCAUAUAAACAGUCCCAGCUCUUUUUUUGUAUACAUGUGCACUUUGCAUUUGCUUAGGGUCCAACCUCGCUCUUGAUUACAGAUCAUAUCUAUGGUAUAACAGUCAUAUAAUCGACUGGUUAAUAAAUGUGUUCGUCAUUAACUAUAAUAUUUAUCAACUAAUUAACCAUCGUGCUUACCAAAUUUGAAUUUCAUUAUAUAAUUAAUCAUUACUAAAAGUAAAGAAGAAAUAAUGGAAGGAGAGGAAGAGCGCAAUACAAGGUUUCAAUACAUAGAUUGUGGAUCGAAAGGAGAACACACGGCCCUUCACAAACUUAGCUUUCUUUGUCCGAAUUUUUUUCAUCUCUAUCAUGUAUAUAUUGAUCUUUAAACAUUUAUCAAAGAAACCAGAAGUAGUCUCCUUUUAAAGAAAAGUAGAGUUAAUUUCUUCAAGCUUGUACCAUUAAAAGAAUUUAAAGCGAGAGAUGGUAAGAAAGAGUGUGAUCCUAGGAUUCUUACUUACUGUUUUAACGACAGUAAUAAAAGCUGAGGAUCCUUACUUAUUUUUUACGUGGAAAGUAACGUAUGGCACGAUUUCGCCCUUCGGAAUUCCUCAGAAAGCUAUUAUGAUCAACGAUAAAUUUCCCGGCCCCAAUCUUAACACAACUACCAACAAUAACAUCGUCAUUAAUGUCAUCAACAAUCUCGACGAGCCUUUCCUCUUCACGUGGAGCGGAAUGCAACAUAGGAAGAAUUCUUGGCAAGACGGCAUGCCGGGAACAACAUGUCCCAUCCCGCCGGGUAAAAACUUUACGUACCAUUUCCAAGCUAAGGACCAGAUCGGUAGUUACUUCUACUACCCAAGUUUAGGUCUUCAACGUGCGGCCGGUGGAUUCGGUGGCCUCCGAAUCAACAGUAGAGCGCUCAUUCCUGUGCCAUAUCCUGAUCCUGAGGAUGACUACACCGUUCUUAUAGGCGAUUGGUACACUAAAACACAUGUAGCUCUAAAGGACAAUCUUGAUAGCGGUCGGUCAAUCGGGCGGCCUGAAGGAGUUUUGAUCAAUGGGAAAGCAGGAAAACCGGAUGGAACCGGUGAACCGAUUUUCACGAUGAAACCGGGAAAAACAUACAAAUAUAGGAUUUGCAAUGUGGGUUUGAAGAUGGCGUUAAAUUUUAGGAUUCAGAACCAUAAGAUAAAGCUUGUUGAGUUAGAAGGAUCUCACACUCUGCAAAACUUAUAUGACUCACUUGAUCUUCAUGUUGGUCAGUGUUUUGGUGUUCUUGUGACCGCUGAUCAAGAACCUAAAGACUAUUACAUGGUGGCCUCCACACGGUUCCUCAAAACCGUCCUCACGUCCACAGCUCUUCUCCGCUAUGAGGGAGGCAAAGGUGCAGCAUCUCCAGAGCUUCCUAAACCUCCGGUGGGUUGGGCCUGGUCACUAAACCAAUUCCGAUCAUUCAGAUGGAACCUAACCGCAAGUGCAGCAAGACCAAACCCUCAAGGCUCAUACCACUACGGUAAAAUCAACAUCACACGGUCCAUAAAACUAGUCAACACCGUAGGGAAAAUAGAGGGAAAGAAGCUCAGGUACGCGCUUAGCGGAGUGUCACACGUGGAAACCGAAACGCCGAUUAAGCUGGCUCAGUAUUUUGGUGUAGCCGACAAGGUGUUCAAGUACGAUACUAUUAAGGACGAGCCGACCAAGGUUGACACUAGUAAUAUUUUGGUGCAGCCAAACGUUUUGAACAUCGAGCACCGUUCAUUCGUGGAGAUUGUGUUCGAAAAUCAGGAAAGGACUACACAGUCUUGGCAUCUUGAUGGAUACUCUUUCUUUGCUGUCGCGGUUGAGCCAGGGAAGUGGACGCCGGCGAAGAGGAAGAACUAUAAUCUAUUAGACGCAGUAUACCGACACACAAUCCAAGUUUAUCCCAAAUGUUGGGGAGCCAUCUUAUUGACUUUCGACAACUGUGGCAUGUGGAAUAUUCGGUCUGAGAUUCUCGAGAAACGUUACUUAGGUCAACAGCUUUAUGUUAAUGUCGGCCCGCCAGAACUAUCCCAGAGGGAUGAGUACAGCUUUCCAGCAAACGGUCUCCGUUGUGGCAUUAUCCAGGGCUUGCCUGAUCCUCAGCCUCCCAGAGACUCGCUUUAAUUUGGUUUGGCGUGGUUCAGCCUGGAGACUUGUAGCUCAAGGUUUUUUACAUUCUUAUAUACGUAUGUCCUUACAAUUUGGUUUCUGUAGGUCGAUGGUGAAAGUGUUAUGAGAUGUCUGUAAUCCAUUACACGUUUAUGAUGCAUGCUAUUUUUCUGAUUUGUUUAAGCCAGACGUUGCGCUGAAUUCGAAUAUAGAAGUGAUAUGCUUUUGAAGCAUGGUAAACAUAUACGUCAAUUGGGCAUAUUCAACAACAUUACGAACUAUUCUAUAAGAGCAACCAUAUUUCAUACGGAGGUUCUGGAAAAAUAAUAUUCGUAUUUAGAUAAUAAAUGAAUUACUGAAAUAUAUUUUAUUUUUGCAAUUUGCAAAAAAAAAAAAAAAAAAAAAAGAGCCAUUUAAAGGUUUGCAUGUGAUAUGAAAA